UUUCAUAAAAGACAUCCAUUCGUUGCGAAGCACAUUUUUUUUCCUUCCAAGUAGUUUUCAGAUAAGAGUUAGAAUUAACCCAUUAAAAUUUAAAUCGUAAUUAAAAAAAGUGCAGUUUAUUGAAAUCGUUAUUCUUAAGAUAUAUUUAAAUUUGUAUUUAGAAAAUAAAUCAAAAUGGUGAAAAUUUUGGCAGCAGCUAAGUUUGUGUCACGUUUUGCUUUAGAAGGACCGACAGAUUUCACAGCAAAACGAUGCCUUUCAACAGUUUUUUCUAAUCAAAUCGGAGCUUACCAAACAAAAUGGGCACAAACCCGGCAUAAAUCUGAGGGAGUAAAGGGCGCUGUAAUUGGUAUUGAUUUAGGAACAACAAAUUCGUGUGUUGCGGUAAUGGAAGGAAAGCAAGCAAAGGUUAUAGAAAACUCAGAAGGCUCACGCACAACUCCAUCACAUGUGGCGUUUACAAAAGAUGGAGAACGCUUAGUUGGUAUGCCAGCUAAACGUCAAGCGAUUACAAAUUCUGCAAACACAUUUUAUGCAACAAAACGAUUAAUUGGUCGGCGAUAUGAUGAUGCCGAAAUCAAAAAGGAUUUAAAAAAUUUAUCUUAUAAAGUAGUGAAAGCAUCGAAUGGAGACGCGUGGGUUAGUGGUAGUGACGGGAAAGUUUACUCUCCUUCACAAAUAGGAGCUUUUGUGUUAGUCAAAAUGAAAGAAACGGCUGAAUCAUAUUUAGGUCAACCUGUUAAAAAUGCUGUUAUUACUGUUCCUGCAUACUUUAACGAUUCACAACGCCAAGCAACCAAAGAUGCUGGCCAAAUUGCUGGUUUAAAUGUUUUGCGUGUUAUAAAUGAACCUACAGCAGCAGCUUUAGCUUAUGGCAUGGAUAAAACUGAUGACAAAAUUAUAGCUGUUUACGACUUGGGUGGUGGUACUUUCGAUAUUUCAAUUUUAGAAAUUCAAAAAGGUGUUUUUGAAGUAAAGUCCACAAACGGUGACACAUUAUUGGGAGGAGAAGAUUUUGAUAAUGUUAUUGUUAACUUUUUGGUUUCCGAAUUCAAAAAGGAUCAAGGAAUUGAUAUUACCAAAGAUCCAAUGGCAAUGCAGCGUCUCAAAGAAGCGGCUGAAAAAGCUAAAAUUGAAUUGUCAUCAUCUGCACAAACUGAUAUAAAUUUGCCAUACUUAACGAUGGAUGCAUCUGGACCCAAACAUAUGAACUUAAAAAUGACACGAGCAAAACUAGAAAGUUUGUGUAAUGAUUUGAUUAAGAGAACUGUCGCACCAUGCCAGAAAGCGCUCAGUGAUGCAGAAGUAUCCAAAUCAGAUAUUGGAGAAGUACUUUUAGUCGGUGGAAUGACACGUAUGCCGAAAGUACAAUCAACAGUUCAAGAAAUAUUUGGACGGCAACCAUCCAAAGCUGUUAAUCCAGAUGAAGCUGUAGCUGUUGGAGCUGCUGUACAGGGCGGUGUGCUCGCUGGAGAUGUUACUGAUGUUCUUUUACUUGAUGUAACUCCAUUAUCUCUUGGCAUUGAAACUUUAGGUGGAGUAUUUACACGUUUAAUUAAUCGCAACACUACCAUUCCUACGAAAAAAUCUCAAGUAUUUUCAACUGCUGCUGAUGGACAAACUCAAGUCGAAAUUAAAGUACAUCAAGGUGAACGUGAAAUGGCUUCUGACAAUAAAUUACUUGGAGCAUUUACUUUGGUUGGAAUUCCACCUGCCCCUCGUGGUGUACCUCAAAUUGAAGUAGUAUUUGAUAUUGAUGCUAAUGGUAUCGUACAUGUCUCAGCUAAAGAUAAAGGAACUGGCAAAGAACAACAAAUUGUAAUUCAAUCAAGUGGUGGUUUAAGUAAAGAUGAAAUUGAAAAUAUGAUCAAAAAUGCUGAAAAAAUGGCAAGUGAAGAUAAAAUUAAAAGAGAACGUGUUGAAGUUGUUAAUCAAGCUGAAAGUAUUGUACAUGAUACAGAAUCUAAAAUGGAAGAAUUUAAAGAUCAAUUACCAAAAGAAGAAUGUGAUAAAUUACGUGAAGAAAUUACACAGUUACGUAAUCAUUUAGCUAAUAAGGAUUCAGCUAAUCCAGAAGAUAUAAGGAAAGCUACAAGUCAGUUACAACAAUCUUCAUUGAAAUUAUUCGAAAUGGCAUACAAAAAAAUGGCAUCAGAAAGAGAUUCAAGUAGUAGUUCCAGCAGCAGCAGCAGCAGUAGCGAUUCCACACAAGAUACACAGCAAGAGGGUGAAAAAAAGAAAGAAGAUAAAAAUUAAAUGAAAUAUAAUUUAAAAAAAUUUUUAUGAUUAAUUUUAGUUACUGAUAUAAAUGUUAAUGAUUAA